AUGGCGAUUCAAACAAAAAUUGAUUUGAACAAACCCGUGAAGUCGGCUCCAGACCCCAAGUUGGAGGUGGUUGCCUUGAGGCCUGAGUUCAGUGAGGCCGCUUUACUCUUGUACGGUGACUAUUUCAGACAGUGUCAGACGACCCUCACCAAAUCCAUCUUGUGGCACAAGCAGGUUGUUAGUAUCGGAUUGGGGGUGGUAUCUGCGUACUUGUACUAUAUUUUAGCAGACUACAUUGAGGUUUCAGAGCUGGUGGGCGAGUUUUUCAGUAUCGCUAUCCAUUCGGCAGAUUUGAAGGUCAACAUACUUUUCACGUCCGCUGUAAUACUUGGGUUCAUUGCUUUUGUGGGGCUCAUUUCCGUGAUGAUCUCCGAUGAGUUCAGAAUAAUUUCUGAAAAUCUCGUCAAAAAGAGCUAUGUGGAGGACGUGUUUGGGUUUGAUUUGGUCAAGUAUUCAAAGUUGGAGGGAGACUCUAAAGUGUUGAAGGAAAAGAAGAUUUUGGCCAACGGGAGCAAUUCCCAGGUGGUAUUGUUCCAGGAACAGCCCAUUGCCAUCAUCACGUUGAAGCCGAUUUAUGACAAGUCCAACGACUCACACUUGGUGAUAAAGGUGUCUGGUUUGAGUGUCAGAAGAGUGUUUAAGCCAUUGAACUUCGAGCAGAUUCUCAUUGAGUGGGCACUUUCCAGGUCUAAUGAUCUUUUGACCGAGUAUUUAAAGGCGAAGAAGGUCAAGAAGACUUCAGGGUGUAAGGUCUCGUUGUUGGUGGAUUGCUACACUUUUGACACGGAGUUUGCCAAGUUCUUGGAGUCCAAUCGCUUUAACAAGAUCGAUUCUACUUACAACUAUAAUCCCAUUGGUGAGAUCACUGCUCCAUUAAAGGGGUUGUUGAACAAGACGUUCCGUUCCGGAAGAGACACCUACGGUGUUCACAUCAUCAAGGAUUAA